AUGUUUAAACAACAAUUUCUUAAAGCAUCUGAAAUAUGGAAAGAUAUUGAUUUAAGGUCAGCACAAAAACAGUUUGAUGAACAAGGACUUCAAAUUAUUGAAAAAGAAAAAGAAUCUGCAUUUCAUCUAAAUAAUAUUUUUAGUCUUAUAUUUUUAAUAAAUAUCGAAGAUUUUCGUAAACUUCCAGAUGAAGAAAAACUAAAAGAAAUCAAACAAAUAUUAAAGCUUUAUCAGUUAGGAAUCGACAAUCUAACGAAUAGAGCAAAAUAUUCAGAAAUGGCAUUUUUUUCUAUGUAUAAACAAAUUGCUAUUGAUCAAACUUUUGGAAAUGAAAAUAUGAAUGCAUUAAAAGCUGAAAUAGCGAAACUGAAAAAUAUUAUAAAAAAGCAUGAAGACUCUAAAGAACUUAAAACAAAAUUAGAAAAAUUAGAAAAACAAUCAGAAAUUAUACUUAACGAAAAAAUUUGCCAAAAGGAAUUAGAGUUCAAAAAAUUCAUUAACGAAAAAAAUGAAGAAUGGUUAAAAAAAGAAACAGAAUUAUUAAAACAAAUAACAGAGUAUAAAGAAUCAAUAAAGGAUUUAAAAAUAUCAAAUGAUAUAAUUCAAGCUAAAAUUAAUACACAAAAUGAUAAAAUUGAUGAAAAUAUAAUGGGACAAUUAGAUGAACUAAAAAUUACACGUUCUAACUUGGAAGAAACAAUUUAUAAAGUACACAAGCUAGAAAAUAUAAACGAUACAUUAAAAUUAGAAAUCGAACAACUAAAAAAAGGAAAAAAUAUUACUUUAAAAAAGAAAAUUAUAGAACUCGAAGAACAACUUUUAUUUUUAGAAAAAGAUAAUAAUGGUUUACUUUUAAAAAUCAAAGAAUUAACAGAAAAUUAUGAAAAAAAAGAAAAAGAUCAUCUAGAUAUAUCAAAAGAGGCAAAUAAAAAGCUUCUUGAAGCACAAAAUGAAAUAAAAAAUCUAGAAACGAAAUUAAAAGAAUAUGCAGAUUAUAAAGAAAUUAAAAAAGAACUUGAAAUAUUAAAGUCUAUAGAAUUUAAAGAUGAAAAAGAUGAAAUUUCAGACAUAAAUUUGUCCCCAGCAAUAAACGAAUCGAAUGCAGAUUCGAUUCAAGUAAAUAAUUUAUCUCUUGAAAAAUUACUUAUAAGCAAAAAUAAAAAAAUUGGGGACGAAUUGACUCUACUGAAGGUCGUAUAUAAAGAACAGGAAGAAAAAAUUAAUACUUUGAAAAUGGAGAAUGAAACUAUUAAUAAAAGUUUUCAAGAACAAGUACUUCUAAAUCAAAAACUAGAAGAAAAUAUUUCACAACUCCAUAAUUUUUAUAAAGAAUCUAGUUAUGCAUCUAGCAUUGCAGAUACAUUACUAUACCCCUUAAAAGAAACAUCUCUUAAAAGCCCAAGAUCUAUAUCAUAUAAAAAUCCAAUUAUUUUAUCAAAGGAAGAAAAUGCUGAUUCCUUAAAAGAACAAUUAUCUAUAAAUAACUCACUUCUUCCAAUAAUUGCACAACAAAGAGAUCGUUUUAAAACCCGAAACCUUGAGCUAGAAAAAGAGAUAAAGGAACAAUUUAAAACCAUUACAUCCUUAAGAGCAAAUAUACAGUUGCUUCAAAAAGAUAAUCUAAAACUUUAUGAAGAAACAAAAUAUUUAUCUCAGUAUAAUAAAAAACAAAAAAAUACAGAAAUCGAUUUAGAAAACCCUCAAAGUAAAUCGCAUUUCGUUUACACAAAUUUCAAAAAAAUGCUAUUUAAUCGUUACAAUGAUAUUUAUGAAAAUACGCUUUCUCCUUUCGAAAAAUUUAAGACAAAAGAAUAUUAUCGAUCUACUCAUCGGCUUAAUCUACUUGAAAGGUUCUUUUAUGCUAUCAGCAAAACCAUAUGCUCAAAUAAAAUUACUCGUAACAUUUUUAUGAUAUAUUUUGUUUUUAUACAUAUUUUAACGAUUUUUAAUUUGUACAACUGCAACUAA